AUGCAGUGGAACAGUGUGGGUCCCUCCGUGGCCUUGGAAAAAGCUGCGGCCUGUUGCUGUUCCCAGGAAGUGGACGCUGAGCGGAGGGGAGGCAGAGAGGCGUCUUGGGAGUCCUCCUGGUUGGGCCGUGCCCGGCUAAGGAGGGCGAGCUCACGUGGAGACAACCCGUCAGAGCAGUGUGAAGGCCUUGGAGUUCCGGGUUCAGGAAGGAGCCCACUCUCGCUGUUUGUCAUGGCUGUGGUACAGGCUGUAACCCAGGCUCCAUUUCCCAAAGACCAAUGUCGUAAAAUACAGAUCCCUAGGCAAGAUUUUUUCCAUGAAGCAAAAUUUCUCAUUGCCCAACAUUAUAAGAAGAUAAGUGAGAAUAAAGUUCAAAGCACUUCUGUCGAUGUUUUUAAAGAUAAAUACCCCAAAUCACAUUUUGUCACAUACAUACCUUCAAAGAUUACAAAGACCCAAACACCGGAUGUGAUCCAAGAACACAGGGAGGUGCUGCGAACUAUUUGUUUUCCUCAGAAUCUCCCCCAAAAGGGGCAUUCGAAGGAGCCCUCGCAACAAACACAGCCAUGUGGCUUUAAUAUCAAGGAGAGAUACCAGACGGUGGAUUUUUUCACAAAAGAGCAAGUUACACUGGAUAAGAUAAUGACUGCUAUUGAAUCUGUGAGUAAGAAAAUGCAGAAGGAAAAACAACAGCUCCCUGGGAAGCCCAGAGGGUUGGAAUCCUCACACGCCCUUGCCACGUGUCCUAGCGUGUUUUUACAGCCCGUGACCUCCGCCGAGGGAACUCAGAGAGAAACUGUUGAGACCACCGUAUUUGAUGUUAUAGGACUCUUCCUCUGUGAUGUGGAGAACAAACUGGGCAGAGAGUGGGUGCCAAAUCUAGUCAUUGGUAUUCCACACUGCCAUUUACACACCCUGCACUCUCGAAUUACUGAUAUUCUCAGUUCUCUGCAGGCUUCCUGUUAUCAACUUGGAUUGGCUUCCCUUAAAGAAUUUCAUAGAGGCUGGUAUAUGAUUGGAGAGGAAUUAUGUCAGCGAGUUCUUGGCAUUUGCGUGAAAGUCGGAAAAUCUCUGAAUCGUCAGCAACGUUUCAGGAUUAUUCGACUGAAAGUCCUUGGAGCUAGGACUGACAGAUUGGACAGUAAAGUUAAAAGAAUUGGACCACAUAUAGAAAUAUUCCAAGUCUUCCGAGGAAGUAAUAAACCGGUAAUUACCAAAAAAGUGGUUCAAAUGAUCGUUGGCGUACAGGCAGCUGCCAGAGGGUGGCUUGAACGCAAAAGACUUCAAAGAAUAUCGACCAAGGCCUUGUAUCACGGACCAGAUUUGAAAUCAGUUAUAGACAUGUAUCGGAGACUCAUCCACCGUGUGAGACAUCAGCUCGGCCUUUGGAGGACAAGGCAAAUCAUCAACUAUUUAGAGCUAGAGGAAUGGAUGGACAGGAAAAAGUUCUAUGAAACAAUGUUUGCCAAGAGAGAAGACUGGCAGGGACUGCAAAAGAGCGAGCUGCUUAAGUACUUUAAUGACUGUGGCCACUUCCCAACCCAGAAACAAAUCGAUUAUUACUGGGAGCAAUUUCAUAAUUAUAAGCCAGGGAAACAAUCUGAUACAAUCCCGAGGUCCCAUGUAAUUGAAAUGCUGUUUACGAUCUACCCUCCUGUAGGGGCUCAUGCGCAGGCAAACAUACGACUGAAGUCAACGUGGCUCAGACCCAUCGUAAAUGGAGAGGAAGGCUAUAGAUACAUAGUGAGUGGACAUCCAAUACUGAAAAGAGCUAACAUCCGGGUUGUUGGAAAGUUGGUGGCCAGAUCCCUAAGAGAAAGGAAAAUGAGACAAUCUUAGGAAUCAUGAGAAGUUA